AUGAAUCGAGAACAGGCACAAAGAAUAAGAAAGACUAAAACAACACCAGUGAUUCAAAGAGGAGCCACCUGUAUGAAUGGAUCGCCUCGAAGACGACAACAGACUAUCUUACCGACUAUUCAAAAACCGAAAGAACCUGAUAUCGAUUAUCUUCAAGCUCUUAAAUUAAUCGAUCGUACUCGUAGACAAGAAGAAGCAAUGCCGAAAUCAAUCCUUCGUCGAUCCUACUCUAUUGAUGAUAAAGCUAAGAUAAAAUCAUCCUAUCAGUUUUCAUCCACUCUAACACCUAUUGGACAAAAAGCUAUGAUUAAAACCUAUGAAGACACUUUAGUUACUCAUUUAGCUAAUGUAUAUUCAUCAAAGCGUAUUGCGAAUAUUCUACCACGUCUUUCUACGGCUACAUUUCGUCGUCGAUUACCAAAAAUCAAUAGUCAAACUAACACAGAUACAAUUCAAAAUGCUCAAAUUUUAAUGGAUAAUAUUCUGAAUAAAAAUUGUGAGAAAGAUAGGAUCCUCUGUGAUUAUGUUAAAUGGCAGCAUCAGUGGGCAGAGAACUGUUAA